UUAUAUUAUUUUAUAUUAUUUUAUAUUAUUUUAUAUUAUUUUAUAUUAUAUUAUUUCAUAUUAUUUUAUAUUAUUUUAUUUUUUCUCUUUCGACUUAUUAAAACUUACUAAUACUUUAAAAGAUAAUGGGACAAACACUAUCUGAACCAGUUACUGAAAAGACAACGACUCAUGAGUCAAAUCAUAAAUAUUUCUAUGGAUGCUCUCACAUGCAAGGAUGGAGACUUACCAUGGAAGAUGCCCAUACAACGCUUUUAAAAUUAGGUGAUACUAAUGCUAGUUUCUUUGGGGUCUUUGAUGGGCAUGGAGGCUCUACUAUUGCACAGUAUGCAGGACAAACUUUAUAUAAAAAAGUGCUUGAAAGUAAAUAUUUUGAAACAAAAGAAUAUUCCAAGGCUUUGAAGGAUGCUUUCUUAUCAUUAGAUAAAAGCAUAAUUGAAGAUAAUAAUUUUGCUUAUGAUCCUUCUGGAUGUACUGCCAUUGCUGCUCUUAUAACUGAGGAUAAUCAUAUUUUUGUGGCAAAUGCUGGUGAUUCAAGAGGAAUUAUCAGUAUUGAAGGCAAAGUAAAACCACUUUCGUUUGAUCAUAAGCCAACAGAUGAGGGAGAAAUGGAAAGAAUUAUUGAAGCAGGAGGCUUUGUUGAAUUUGGACGCGUCAAUGGUAAUUUGGCUCUCUCUCGUGCUAUUGGCGAUUUUGAAUUUAAACAAAAUGAGAAUCUUCCUGCUGAAAAACAAGUGGUUACCUGUGAUCCUGAUAUUACUGAUCAUCAAAUUACGAAAGAAGAUGAAUUUUUCGUUUUAGCCUGUGAUGGUAUUUGGGACUGUAUGACGAAUCAAGAAGUAGUUGAUUUUGUACGUUCAAGUAUUGCAGAUGGUAAAACACUUGAUACAAUCUGUGAAAAUAUGAUGGAUCACUGUUUAGCAGAUGAUCAAACAUCUACUGGACUUGGCUUUGAUAAUAUGUCAGUCAUGAUUAUUGCUAUUUUAAAUGGUAAAACGGAAAAGGAAUGGUAUGAUUGGAUGAAAGGAAAGAUAACAAAGAAUAAUGAUACCGUCGCUAAGAAUAUAACAACAGUUAAUCAUAUUAAUAAUAAUAAUCAUAAUCAUAAUAAUAAUGAAGCAAUGGCAAAAGGAAAACAAGAAAGUAAUUAAUGAUAUAAUAUAGUAUAAUAUAAUAAAUAUUUAGUAUCUAUUUUUAUAUAAAUUCUCUGCACGAUUUUAUAUAUGAAGCCAGAAAUAAAAGAGGAAACGUAUCGAUUUAUCUUCUUUUGCAGAGAAAAAGGUUAAAUAUAUCAAUCUAUUUCGACUUAUUAAGGAAGAGCAGCCUUGUAAAUUACUUG